AGUUUCAGUUCCUCUUUCAAAAAAAUUAAAGUUUAGAAUUCGUCUUCUCAAUAUGGUUGUGUCUGCGAUGCGUUCCUUUGCAUUCCAAUCUUGAUAAUAUGUUGUGUUGGGCCUGAGAUUGAGAUUUCCAUCUGUACAACAUGUUGCAUUUUUCGCCCCCCCCUCGAGAAUAGAAGGUGGCUCUAACUGCUGUAAGUAUGAUCAUCCUCGUCCUCACCUCUUUGCGAUCGAGAGGAAACCAGCACGUAGCAACGGAUGAUGCCCGCGGAUGAUAAGUGAUACUUGGUUCUUGUAGUCGCACCGCCGUGCAGGCGCAUCGUUUGUGGUGUACCAAAGUGGAUUUCUUUCCGCGCGGUUGCUUCAUCUCCCGGUCGUAUCAUACAAGCUGCACCGAUCCCUCGACGACCGUGCGGAUUUGGUAAGCAGCAACCGUUCAUCGUUUCUCGUAGCGUCAGGCCGGAUGACAAUGACGGUGGAUUAUCAGUAUAGCGUCAACAAGAACUACCCGACGUACAGCCCCACGCCGCCACCACAGAACACCAGCAGUAGCCAUCAAAUGAACUACAACAACCCUGGAGCCGCUGCAGCUGUAGCGACGAGUAGCAGCAUGUACAACGACAUCGAAGGCGGGCAGGCCGGUGGGUACUAUGGGAACAGCAGUUCGUCGAUGGGCCAGAGCAUGAAUCAUCCGGGCUACUACCCCAACAACGGGUUCGCGGACACGAACGGCUUGAACAGUCAGAACAACAAUUUUUACCAUCCCAAGAGGAAACUGUCCUUGAUCGAGCAACUGGCGAUGAACGGGACCGUGUCGCCCUUGGUUCCCCUACUCGGGGUCUGCUUCACACUCUGUGUCGGGGUACAGAUGUUUUCCGACAACGUGGGGCUGAAGGCCACACUGUGGGCGCUGUUCGUCUCCAUCGUGGGGAUGUGCUUUUCCUUCUGGCUCCUAGUGUGGAUGUACCGCUUUGACGAGGGCACGGAGGCCAUGCAGGUGAUCUCCGACGCGAUCUCAGAGGGCGCGGAGGGCUACUUCGCCAUGCAGUACAAAACGAUAAGAAACGUGACGCUGUUGUUCUCGGUCUUACUCUUCCUGCUGUUUUUGGGGAGGGAAGGAGGUAAUGUAGCAAGUUGGGUCGUUUAUAUGCUGUAUCAUUUUUAUUUUCUAACGCGGGGAUCAUGCAACAAGACGAACCACCAGCAUGAUAGAAGUGAGGAGAUGACGGAUCUCGGUGGUGGUAGACCGAGCUCUUGUUUUUUGGCUCUCUCGACCACGUCGUUGUUUUGCGGAACCACAUGAUACAGGUCUCAAUAAGUUUCUUCAAACCAACACAUUCAUUCUUUCUACCACAGGCACGGGCCCUGUAGGCCCAUGGGUGAUGGCUUUGGUUACGUCCCUCACCUUCCUCGUCGGCGCCGGGUGUUCCGCGCUUUCCGGAUACGCGGGUAUGUGGGUUUCUGUCCGGGCCAACAUCCGGGUUGCCUCCGCCGCGAGACGCUGUUACAACGAUGCUUUACAGCUUUGCUUUCGCGGUGGCGGCUUUACCGCGGUGAUUAACGUCAGCUUGGUUGUCUUUGGGAUCUGUGUCAUGAUGCUCUUCUUCCAGUUUUUCAUACCGGAACUGGCGUUCGCGCAGAUGCCGCUCUUGCUGGUAAGUACUAGGAGGGUUUAGCAGUGGUCGUGUUUUUGUCCAGGGUGGGCAUGCAAGUGAUUGUCGCAGCCUAAAAAUAAUGUAAUUGCGAAAAUGCCUCACAAGUUAUUGCAUUUUUUGCACAGUUCAUGAAAUAGAAAUUGUGACCCAUCAAGAUCACAACUUCAGGUCGGCUACGGCUUUGGCUCGUCCCUCGUGGCCAUGUUCUCGCAGCUCGGCGGCGGUAUUUACACAAAGGGCGCCGACGUCGGUGCGGACUUGGUCGGGAAGGUAGAAGCCGGGAUUCCGGAGGAUGACCCGCGGAACCCGGCCGUCAUCGCCGACUUGGUGGGCGACAAUGUUGGUGAUUGCGCGGGCCAGUGUGCGGACACGUUUGAGUCAAUUGCCGCCGAGAUAAUGGCGGCCAUGAUUCUGGGUGGCGCCCUGGCCGAGGAAGCGAAGCUGCCGGCCAAUUUUGGCGUGGGCUUUGUGGUGUUUCCGCUCGCAGUGCAUUCCAUGGACAUCGUGAUCUCUUCCGUUGGUGUGAUGCUGGUCCGGACAAGAAGAGGACUGCCCGAUCACGGCGCCGCACCCGAGGACGCGCUGGCGAUCAUGAAAAGGUUGGCCGAUGUCUUCGGUUUUGAUGCAAAACAAAAGGUCGUGUGAAUGUGAUUUGAUGCUAAAUGUAAAUCUUGCAUGGCGCUAUGGACACUUACACGAUGAGCCUAGAGGAGGAGCUUCAAAAAUAAGCACGAGCCAAAACGAUGAAAAAAAAUCCCCGUCAUCAAAUGAUAUUAAAGAGCCUACCUCGUCUCGCUGCUGCUCGGUGUCGGCGGCUUUUUUCUCUUGUGCCGACUACUCCUCUACUCCCCGGUCGCGCCGGACGCCUGGAAAUGGUUUUGCGCGUGCGGGGUUGUCGGACUGGUCGCGGCGUACCUGUUCGUCAUAAUCACCCAGUACUACACGGACUACGAAUUCUCCAAAGUUCGCGGCAUCGCGGAGGCGUCGCUUUCCGGUCCAGCGACCAACGUCAUCGCCGGAAUGGCGGUCGGAUUGGAAUCAACGGGGGCGGCGACGCUGGUCAUCGCCGGAUCAUUGGUAUGAGGAAGAACUAUUUUUUAGAUCGUGUUUUAAGCUGAGUUCCUGUUCCGUCGUGACAGGAGAUGAAGCGGCUUUUUCUGUGCUGCUUUUGGGAAUGCGAAACGGAAGAAACAAUGGGAAAAUACUUAAAAAUCUUCUAGUGCCUCUCCUACAACUUCGGUAUGAAAUCGGGCAUCACAAGUACCAAUGGGAAUAUCGCCGGCCUGUUUGGCACUGCCGUGGCAACGAUGGGCAUGCUUUCCACCGCGGUGUUCGUGCUCGCGAUGUCCUCCUUCGGCCCGAUUGCCGACAACGCGGGCGGGAUCGUUGAGAUGUCGCAGCAGCCGGAGAACGUGCGCGCCAUCACCGACAGGCUAGACGCGGUGGGCAACGUGACGAAGGCCAACACCAAGGGGUAUUCGGUCGGGUCCGCGGCUCUGGCCUGCUUUCUCCUUUUUUCCGCGUUCCUCGACGAGGUGUCACUGUACUCUGGGCACAAGUUUGAGAAGGUUGACCUCGCCAUACCGGAGGUCUUCGUGGGCGGGCUGAUCGGGUCGAUGUGUGUGUUCCUUUUCGCCUCCUACGCGAUGACCGCGGUCGGGAAGGCGGCGCAGCGCGUGGUGCAGGAGGUCCGGCGGCAGUUCCGGGAAAUCCCCGGGAUUUUAGAGUUCAGGCAGAAGCCGGACUACCGCACGUGCGUCAACAUCGUCAGUAACACCGCCCUGCGGGAGAUGGUGAAGCCGGCUUUGCUCGCGGUGCUCGCCCCCAUUCUCGUCGGCUUCGUCUUCCGCCACGUGGGCCAGCAGCGCGGGCAGCCACUGCUAGGCGCGGAGGCGGUCGCCAGCUUCAUGAUGUUCUCGACCGCAACCGGGAUUUUGAUGGCGCUGUUCCUGAACAACGCGGGCGGGGCGUGGGACAAUGCGAAAAAGUACGUGGAAACCGGGGCGCACGGUGGGAAGAACAGCGACGCGCACAAGGCUGCAGUAUGCGGCGAUACCGUCGGGGACCCGUGCAAGGACACCGCGGGCCCGUCGGUACACGUGUUUAUCAAACUCGUGUCCACCGUGACGAUGGUGGUGACGCCCUUGUUCAUCGACAAGAAGUCAUUCGACGUCGCAGCCGGGGCGGGUGCGGCACCAAUCAUACCAGGGGGAGCUGGGGCACCGCCGAGAUAG